CGUAGCAUGGCACUGUCUUGUAUGUGCGAAGUGCAGAUUUACAAAGGAUUCCUGAUCAGUCAGUACCUGGGCAUGAUGCAAGAUCCCGAGAAUAGCACUCAACUUGACAGCGCGUCGCAGAGGAUGUUUUCUAUGUUCGACCCAACAACGGCAAGAUUACCACCAAUGACCCAGGAGCAGCUGAUCGUUGCUAAUCAAAGGAUGAGCAUGGCUCUGCUAUCAGCCGCGAGACUUCCUGUAUUACACGCCAGCCUUGCCUCUCCGUCGCUCUAUGCGUCUCCGCAGAAUCUCUUCGGGAAUUGGAUACCACGAAUCGCAUCCUCGCCGCCUUCCUCUCUUCGCCCACUGUCAGAAGUAUCGCCGGCUCCCAAUAUGAAGCCCUCGUCUCGGCGCAAUAAUAAUAACAACAAUAAUAACAAUAAUAACAAUAAUGAUAACAAUGACAACAACAAUAUGAAUGAUGACGAUAGAAUUGUCAGGAGGGGUCGCGCCGCGAAAAGGAAACCCACUAAAGUGAAAGUGGAGGCUGCGGCGGAAGGUGCGGAUCCGGUCAGUCCUUCCGUUAGUCCUGAGACGACGAAGGAUGGCAAAGAUAAAGUCUUCACUUGCGGAGUGUGCCAGAGAUCUUUCGGGUACAAGCAUGUGCUCCAGAAUCACGAACGCACGCAUACGGGCGAAAAACCUUUUCAAUGCCAGGAAUGUCAGAAAAGAUUUACCCGGGACCAUCACCUGAAGACGCACAUGCGGCUUCAUACGGGCGAAAAACCUUAUAAAUGCAAAUUUUGCGAACGAAAGUUCGUCCAGGUGGCGAAUCUCCGCCGUCAUCUACGUGUACACACGGGCGAGCGUCCGUACGCUUGCGACAUGUGCACGUCCAGGUUCAGCGACUCGAAUCAGCUGAAGGCGCAUAUGCUGAUACACAACAACGAGAAACCGUUCGAGUGCGAGAUAUGUCAAAUGCGUUUCAGAAGGCGGCAUCAUUUGCAGCAACACAGGUGCAGUAAUGGCGCGGUGCAGGAGUCUCCACCGGAGGCCGAGUCACCCCCGUCAUUAAACAGUGACGAGCUCGACUCGGAGGAAUACGUCGAUGUUGACGCUGAUGUUGACAUUGACACAGAGCAGGCGCCGGAAGAAGAACCGCUCAACAGAUACAUCACGCCAAUCAACAGAUUAUCUCGCCAUCUUCGAAUUAACCCCGAGCGAAACGGCCCUGUAUACCCGGCCUCGAUGGCGCUGAAUCCUCCUCCAGUUGUUUUGCCAAUGCAAACGGAACCUGAGGACUUGUCAAUGAACAAGUCGUUCUCGCGGGGAUCGCACUCUGGGGGUAGCGAUAAUUCGUCGCUGAACGCCGAUGUCAGUGAGACUAAUCCGGAAGAGGAUGACAGCUCCUAG